UCAAUAGUGCAUUAGUGUUAUUAUAUAUAAAUAGUAACUUCGGGUUUAGAAUACUAUGAUAAAACGUAAAAUCUUUGGGAGGAUAAUGUUAUAAAAUAUAUAAUAUAAAAUGAUUGGCGUGUUAGCUGAACGUCUUGUGAAGAAGGUGACAGCUGGUAAUGCAUACGGAAAAUUAUCUACAGUGAUAUUUGUGUUAACAAUAACCGGCGCAUCUUUAGCUGGACUUAAUAAAGUACUAGAUACUGCAACAGAAUUGGCUGGAAAGCUUGGGACGCAAAAUUGUAGCCAGAUACCACAUGGCAAUGGCUGUGUUAUAAACUGGUGUUAUCAAGGCAUGUUCAAAGGUUUUGAAUGGAAGUAUAUGGGAGUGUGCACCCAUCCAUGUACACAGGAAGCGGAAGCUGUCUUCUAUGAAAGUAGAGCCGGAACGGUAGAACACUGUUUACAGAACUUGAUGCAGAAAAUUGCUCAACAUAAAGGAUACGAAAACCAUAAUGAAUUAUAGAGAAAUAAUUACAUCAUUGUCUGCAGAACUCCCUCUGACAAUUAUAUUAUCAAAUGUGACAUAAUACGCCAUUUUAAUAUUCUUUUAGGUUAUUUACUGGUUUAAAAUGUUUCAGUACCCGACUUACUUGUUUUCUGGACAAGAAUAAACCUUUUUUCUAAAUAAAUGUUUUCAUUUCUCUGAAAGUUGUUCA